AUGGCUCUGAUAAAUAUCAACAGCCGUAGACUGUCUUCUGUGCAGGCUCUGAGAUUGGUGGACACAGGUUUUAGGUGUCUUAAGGAGAGAGGCUGGGACAACAGAAACAACUGCAUAGCAUCUUUACCGAGUCAGAGAAAGAAUCACCCGUGUGCGAUUGAAAUAUUCCAAUGGAAUCAAUUUGAUACUGCCCUGCAUCCGUCAAUAUCAAACUUAUG